CCAGACUGGAAAGUAGAAGAUGAGGACAUCACACAGUAUAGUCCAGGAGAAAAACCCGGCUCCCUCCAAUGUCCAUCCGGCACCACCCAGUGUAGAUGGACCAUCGGAUUCCUCAUAUCCUGAGGAACCUCAGACUGUGCGGGACCGGGCCGGCCUUCCAACAGGGAAGAGCUUCUCCUGUACUGAGUGCGGGAAGGGUUUUUCCAUUUUAAAUCCCAUCUUAAAGUGCAUAAAAGAUAUCACACGGGGGAAAAACCAUAUUCCUUUCCAGGGUGCUGGAAAUGUUUUUCACAGAAGUCCAAUCUUUACACACAUCAGAGAUCUCACACAGGGGAAAAGCCGUAUUCCUGUGCUGAGUGUGGGAAAUGUUUUUCCGUGAAAUCCAAUCUUUACACACAUCAGAGCUUGCACAUGGGGAGAAGCUAUAUUCCUGUCCAGAGUGCGGGAAAUGUUUUUCACAAAAAUCAGAUCUUGUUACACAUCAAAGGUUCCACACGGGGGAGAAGCCACUUUCCUGUCCUGAG